AUGGAAAGCAACCAUACCAUGCUGAAGCAAAAGCUAGGAUUCUCUGAUACACUCAAACAAGCCCUAAGUUUAAUCUACAACACUAACUACUUUAUUCUACUCACCUUUCUCUCCUCUCUACCUCUCUUCUGCUUCUCAGUUUACUAUGAGCUAUUGCUCCAAAGAACCCUGGUUCAAAUCUCAGAAUUUGUAAGGCAACAACACCCUAGUAACUACCACCACAACUGGCAAACACUGCUCCAUACGGCCGCCCGAAUGACCGAUAAAUUUCCCAACAACUUGAUUCAACUGGGAUUUCUUUAUGUGGUGCCUCUUCAUCUCCUAGAGCUCUGCACUGCUUUUGUCACAGUCAAUUUAGCAUCAACGACACUCGCAGAAGGAAAAAAAACAGCAUCCAAAGCCAAUUUUAGAGGCACUCUUGUCACAUCCAUCUGGGUUCUUUUCUUCUCAACUUGCACUCUACUUGGAUCAGUAUGGUUAGCAUCAAUCUACUAUGUUAUAUUGAACAACUUGGGGUACAAUUGUAAGCUGUAUUUUGGAGUGUUAUAUAGGGCAGCUUGUAUGGCACUGCUGGCAAAGUACUUAGAAUGGAGGUCUAUAUGGAACAUGGCCAUAGUGGUUUCAAUAUUGGAGGAUGCAAAUGGAGCUAAUGCAUUGAUACUAUCUGCUCAUCUAAGCAGAGGCAACGAGCGGCAAGGGCUUCUCAUAACGCUUGUUUUCUCUGUUUGGGGGCUUGCUUUAAGGUGGUCAGGGCUCUAUUUUGAAUGCUAUGAAAGAGGAAAUGGGAUUUUUGCUCAAGUUGGGCUUUUCUGCAUGGUUAAUGUGAUGAAGUGGGUCGUCUAUAUGGUUUAUUUUGACAACUGCAAAAAGCGGAUUUUGAAGAAGAAAGUUGACAUGGAAAUGGGAAAAGUUGAGAGGAGUGAUCUGAGAACAGAGAAAACACAACCUGCUGAUAAUAAUAGUUCAGAUUGUAGAACAAAACUAGAAACAGAGUAG